CCUUAACCUUCCCAGGUUACUUGAACUUUACACUUCCUAUUCCUAUUACUCCCUACUGAACUGAACCGAAAACUGCCUUUUCCGUCACGCCUUCUUAACCUUCCCCCUUCUGGUCGGUGUCAUUUCUGGGAGGCCCGACCACCUUUCGCUCGCUACCUUCUUCUCUUCUUUCCUCUCUUUUUCCUGCUUUCAUGACAUGCCAUAUCUUUUUUAAUUAACCCUCUCCCAUGGACGAGGGUUCCGAUUCUAAAGCCCCUCGACGGAAGAGGGUGUCGAGAGCCUGUGAUCGCUGUCGAAGUAAAAAGGACAAGUGCGAUGGACUACGUCCCGCUUGUUCGGCCUGCCAGGCUUCAGGCCAGACCUGCUCAUAUGAUCCCCAUGCAAAGAAGCGCGGGUUACCAGAGGGCUAUGUUCGUGGCCUGGAGAAGCUCUGGGCCUUGUCCAUCUGCAAUAUCGAUGGCUUCGAAGACACAAUGCUAACUCUACUGGGGACCACCGCCGAAUCAGCUGGUCGGAGACAGAAGCUCAUGUCCUUAUGGACGGAUGAUGGCGCAUCAGAGACACUGCAUGAAUCUUGGAAAACCAGUCGCCUAUAUGGGGCACUCGAGAAGAUGCUGUCUAACUCUGAGCCAGUCACGGAGAGCUCAGGAAAGCGCUCUCGGGAAGACCAUGAUGACGGCACCGGAAGUGAAUGGGGAUUCCGCAUCGACCGUAGUUCGACUCCUCUCGCUCAUGAUGCUCCGCGUGUUGUUGAGCCUUCCACCUCUCCCCAUGCUAAAAGGCCCCGGCUGGCCGCUCCCACAGACAGCAGAAUCACCACGUAUACCGCCAGCGCUACGAAUGCCCUGCAAUUACCCCCGCAGACCUCGCAGUUGUUAGACGUCUAUUUCGCAGUCACUCACUCAUGGUUCCCAAUCGUCGCAAAACACAACAUCUUACGAGCAUCGUACCUGUAUGCAAGCGCGCCGCUAUCUGUCGCAAAAAUGGCCCCAGGUUCGGGCGACCACGCCGCAUUGUGGGCCUUGCUCAGUUACACCAUUUCGCAAUCUCGGGUUAACCCGCAGGACGGGGCGUUGGAAGCGCUUUCGAAAACCAAGGAGUAUUACUCGGUAGCUCGAAGCUUGAUUCCUUCUGAAACGGAGCGGUUCGAGCUUGGACAUGUGCAGGCACUGUUGCUGCUGACGUUGGUUAACAUCGGCCUGGAGGACUGGACUGCUGCCUGGCUGUUGAGUGGCCAGGCUGUUCGCAUGGCCAUUUCGAUGGACCUUGGAGCCUUCAUGGACGUUCGACGAUCGGACGAGUUGAGGCAAGGAAAGGCGGUUUUCCUUGGGUGUUUUGUGAUUGACUCGUUGCUUUCGUUCCGUUUGUCGAGGAGACCGUGCAUGCAUCCUCGUGAUCUCACCAUGGUCGGGCUGUUGGAAGAAGAUGGCUUGGAAGAGUGGAACUCAUGGUCGGAUGUCUUGCCACCUACGGGGGCUGGACAAGGGAAGAGCCCUCCUCGACGGGGUCCGCUGCUCGCUCUAAGCUGCUUCAAUCGACUAGUCGAGUUAGCCGGUGUACUGAAUAAGAUUGCUCGCGACUCCACGGCCGGACCAAACGCACCCUUAUUCGCACAACAACUAGUCAUGGAGCUUAAGCAAUGGGAUGAUCGUCUUCCUCUUGGAUGUCGCUUGAUUGGCCCAGAAAGUAUCUAUCCGGAACGACACUCGGCCUUGCUCCCGCACCAGAGCUACCUUGGCCUGACAUAUGUGGCUACGCUUCUGUGGCUUUAUCUGCGCAUUGCGCCUCAGGAGCUUGGGCUGCAUCGCUCUCAACGGCCGGCUAUCGAAGGAGCCAAGAAACUCCUUUAUAGAGCUCUUCCAAUGGUGUCCCAGCACCUUGAUAACUUUCAGGUUUGCGGUUUGCCGCCGAUAUUCGAGCUUUCUUUGCGCACUAUCGCCGAACAAGCGUUCACUCUGCGCAAUAAAAUCGAAUCCGACAUGUUCCCUUUUGGACGGUGGACUGAAGCGCUCCUUCAGCGAACCACGGAGCUUAGUUCAACUUGGCCAGUGUAUCGCUCAUUGUCUGCUUCCAUCGAUCACUGGUACCGUUCUAAAGAUCUCCCCGGAAACCCUGCUCUAUCCUAUCAGCCACCAGAGGCAGGAUCAGCACCCGGAAUGGCUAGCGGUAUGACCAGUACUGCACUACCCACUGGGACUAUGGCAACAUCGGCGGCAGGGUAUCCGAACAUAAUGGGCGAGCCUACGAUGAACCCUCACCUGAGAAGGACUGCACCUGGAAUGGGGGAUUCCGAUUAUACAUCUGCCAUUAUGGGCAUCACUAUCCCUGUGGACGGACAGUACAUGACGCCAAAAGAUCCCACGGUGGAAAAUCCUGAUCUAUCCAUGAUGGACGUGUCCUUCCAACAAACCUUGGACGGGCGAACGGCACACAUGGACAAGUCCGAGCCUGCUGCUGCUCUGAAUGCAGCAUUACCGCGGGGCCCGCGCCCCCAUCCGUCUACACCCGACUCUGGGGUGUCAAGUUCGAUGAUGUCGGUCACCGGCCCGGGCGUUAUACACGAACGUUCUGUACCUUCCGGAGAUAGGAGCUCGGAUACGACAGAGCGUAUCGGCUCAACCGGCGACAUUGACGCCAUCUUCAAGGAUCUUGCAUAUCUCGACACCACAGAGUGGGCUAACAAUCGCGAGGCCGCGCUGAAGGAUUUCGGAUUUAUUGACGAGAGUACAUUCCAGGCUUUCUGCCAUGACCCAGACCGACUCGCUGGGACUCAGCCGUUGGUACAUCCCCCGUCGAUUGCCGACAUCUGGCCGCCACCGGGCUUUUUCCCGGAGACGUUUCGUGACACUACGGAAGAUGUGAUGGAGGGUUGAGUGGCCGUUUUUUCAUUUCUUUACAUCUUGCUUUUGACCAAGCAGAGGUCGAAGGGACCUUCAUAGGGACUUAUCCCUAUUUCUGAUAUAUAUGGAAAACCUUCACGAAUCUCUGUUUUCCGCUAUGUAUGAUGGUGGUGCUAUCAACGCACGCAUCACCCUUUUUUUGCCAUCUCUCUUGUUCCUUGUUGAUGAUACCCAAUUCCAGAAAACCUCGAAUGC